AUGCACUACUGUUUGAAUGCAGAGAUAUAUUCGGGAAAAUCAGCUGUAGCCAUCCCGCGCCGUGUCCUCUUACCAACAGCUGUUGUCAUGCGGUUGGUUGAACCAAUCAAGGGAAGUAACAGAAAUGUGACAGGGGACAACUGGUUCUCAAGUGUGGAGUUGGUCAAUGAGUUGUCGAACUGUAAUUUGACUUAUAUUGGCACCAUGAGAAAGAACAAGGCUGAGCUACCACCAAGCUUUUCAACAGCAAAGGGCAGAAAUGUGUCUUCUUCAAUCUACGGAUACUCUGGUUCUGUAACAAUACUUUCACACGUCCCCAAAAAGUACAAGGUUGUCAACCUGAUAUCGACAAUGCACCAUGGAGAAUAUAUAGCAGGUGUAAAUGCUUUUGUUUUGUACCAUGGGAAAGAAGAUACUGAUGAUGUGACACGCAGAGAAUUCCUCAUUGAACUAGGUACACAACUCAUAAGUGAUUGUAUGAAAAGAAGAUUGGAUUCUCCAUUUUUGAGAAAAGAUAUCCGAAAUUCCAUUUGUGAUAUUCUAGGCAUGACCCCCUCCAAGGCAUCAGGAACAUCCCAGGUUCACAGUGAAGCUGGUGCUACUAAAUCGAAGAGGAAAAGAUGCUCAGUGUGCCCAUCUAAAAAAGACAGGAAAGCAUCCCGGGCGUGUGCCAGAUGUCGAACACCAUUAUGUUUGGAAUGUUCCACUGCUUUAUGUCCAAACUGUUUCGGUAGUCUGGAUGAAUGA